AUGAGCUUCUAUGAUCGCCAAGGUAUUCCUGAGAGCCUCCUACAGAGUCCGGACAAGAAGGAAGGCCCCACGAGUACACCAAACCGACACCAACGGAGCCCUGCUUUGCACGAUUGGGCCAGCGACCAAGAAUCAAGCAACGAAGACGUCGAAUCGGAUUCUAGCAUGGAUAAUCAGUUCGAAAAGGAUGUCUCAACUUUACGCGAUUACUCGUUCAUCUCUAUAGUUGAGGAUGGAAAGACAUUUGAAAUGCACAGCUUGGUCCAGCUAGCUACGAGACAAUGGCUUGAAGCCGCGGGACGGCAGGAGCAGUGGAAGUCUCAGUUUAUCCGUCGCCUUAACGCCCGGCUCCCGACUGGAGCAUAUGAGAACUGGGCAAUAUGCCGGGCGCUUCUACCGCACGCUGUAUCGGCGGCAGCGCAACGUCCAAAAGACAGAGUGUCAUUGGAGGCAUGGACUUCGAUUCUUUAUAAAGCUGCGUGGUAUCUUCAACUAAUGGGCCAGGGGCCUGAGGCGCAAAGCAUGGCAGAGGAUGCGAUGAAAUACAGAACAAAGAUACUUGGGAGGACGCACGAGGAAAGUCUUGCUGCCAUCGAUAUGGUAGGCCAAGUGUAUAACCUAAGAGGUCAAUGGAGCCCAGCGGAGGAGCUGUUUGUGGAAGUGAUGGAGACUCGCAAGCAGAAACUCGGGCCGGAUCAUCCAGACACGCUAGGUAUCAUGAAUAACCUGGCGUUGACGUACAGGAAUCAAGGCCGAUGGGAGGAGGCGGAAAAGCUGGGGGUGGAAGUGAUGGAGACUUGUAAGCAGAAACUCGGGCCGGAUCAUCCAGACACGCUGACCAGCAUGGCCAACCUGGCGUCGACUACAGACUUCCUGGGUGACAACCUGCGACCAUUCCUGCAUGUAUAUGUGCAGCUGGACGGAGAAGGCUGGGAUAUUGAAUUCGUGUGGAACCAGGAGAAGAAACAGUUUUGGGGUGCAGACCCGUUCUGUACCAACGACGACGAGCCUUUUUCGGUAGAUCUCAGCGAAAUGACGCAGAUAUUGUCCGACCCCAAUCGGAGCAGCCCGGUGACCUGGAAGGAAUGA